ACACGUACAAAGAAAACGCGGGUUACCACUACCAAGCACCAAACGAGAGAGAAUGUAAAAGAGAAAAAACGCAAUCAGACUCUGCUCCCCCCUGGAUCAGAUCUAUCCGGGUCGGGUCAAGCAUCAAAUCGGAGAGAGGACGACAAUUUCACCAUGGCGGCAGCAGCAGCAGCGAGGCGACUCCGGACGCUCCAAUCACAACCAGAGAACAAAGUCUGCGUCGACUGCUCCCAGAAGAAUCCCCAAUGGGCGUCAAUCUCCUACGGCAUCUUCAUGUGCCUGGAAUGCUCGGGGAAGCACCGAGGCCUAGGCGUCCACAUCUCCUUCGUCAGAUCCGUCACCAUGGACUCGUGGUCCGAGAUCCAGGUCAAGAAGAUGGAGUCCGGCGGCAACGAGAGGCUCAACAGCUUCCUCGCUCUCUACGGGAUCUCCAAGGAGACGGAGAUCGUCUCCAAGUACAACUCCAACGCCGCGUCGGUGUAUCGCGAUCGGAUCCAGGCGUUAGCGGAGGGGAGGCAGUGGAGAGAUCCGCCGGUUGUUAAGGAGGUGGUGGUGAAUAAGAAGCCUCCAUUGCAGGGGAGCAAUGGGGGAUGGGAUGAUUGGGAUAACGAUGAUGCGUUUAGGUCUCCGAGGAGGAACCAAUCCGCGAGUGAUUUCAGGGGUUAUGGAGGUGGUGGCGGUGGUGGUGGGGCUCCGGCGAAGUCGAAGUCGUCGGAGGAUAUAUACUCGAGGUCGCAGCUUGAGGCGUCAGCUGCGAAUAAGGAGAGUUUUUUCGCGAAGAGGAUGGCGGAGAAUGAGUCUAAGCCUGAGGGGCUUCCUCCUUCGCAAGGAGGGAAGUAUGUGGGGUUUGGAUCGAGUCCUGGUCCUGCUCCUAGAAGUAAUCAACAGAGUGGUGAUGUUUUCUCUGUUGUGUCUGAGGGAUUUGGGAGAUUGUCUCUUGUUGCUGCAUCUGCUGCGAAUGUUGUUCAGACAGGAACCAUGGAGUUCACUUCAAAGGUCAAAGAAGGUGGCUUAGAUAACACGGUGAGUGAGACUGUUAAUGUUGUUGCGAGUAAGACAACGGAGAUAGGACAGAGGACAUGGGGGAUCAUGAAAGGAGUAAUGGCAAUUGCUUCUCAAAAGGUUGAUGAGUUCACUAAAGAAGAAGCGUCAACAUGGAAUCAACAGAAUAAGAAUGACGGCAAUGGUUACUACCAGAACAAAGGAGCAACUAGCUCAUCUCUUGGAGGGUCACAAUCAUCGUCAAGUUACCAAAACAAUUCUCGUAACUCGAAUUCAUGGGAUGACUGGGGAGAAGAGAACAGUGCCAGAAAAGAAGCAGCACCAAAAGUGCCACAAUCAUCAUCAAGUGGUCACCAGAACAAUUACCGAAACUCGAACACUUGGGAUGACUGGGGAGAAGAGAACAAUAGUACCAAGAAGGAAGCAGCACCAAAGGUGUCGAGUUCUAAGGAUGAUGAUGAUGAUGGUUGGGCUGGUUGGGAUGAUAAUGAUGCUAAAGACGAUGAUGAUGGUUAUUAUCAGAGUGGUGCAGCAGGGGAUAAGAAAUCUGUCGGUCACAAUGGGAAACCGGACACUGCUUGGACUGGUGGAGGUUUUCUCUAGUGGUAAGCACUGAUCAAGUAAAACUAAUCAAACAUCUUGAAAUCGAUAGAACGGUGUAAUAACACUAUUCUCUUGAUCAAUGGUGAAUGAAAGUUAUACGAUUAAGUAAGAAGCAAA